AAUUCAUUUUAAAAACGCCAAUUUUUUCGCUUAAUUGGAAGCUUCAAACUAAAUUGAAAUCAUUACUGUCGCUUUAUUGAUUUGGUGACUGAAGAAAUCUAUAUACUAGUUUUGUUUCAACGUGUUUUUUGGCACAUUUUCUACCAUAUAAAUUAAAUAUUCACAAAGCAUCAUUAGAAAAUUGUGAGCUAAGUGCGUAUCAGUCUUUUCAAGCUUAUACAUUUUAUGAAAAAGUGCUUUUCUCAAGAAUAAAUUGUUUACUAAUCCCACAAGCAUUCAAAAAUAGCUCCAUUGCUUUCCAUUUUAUUCAAGCUUAUAUUUACUUUUGCUGAUUUCCAAAACAUUUAAUCUCUUUGUUAUACUUUAGUACCAAUUGUUCUUGAAAGCUGCAGUAAAAAAACUAUCAAACCUCAAGAAACUGAGCCGAAAUCUUACAGAAAACGCAAUAUAAAAUAUGCUUCAAGUGCAAUUUAAUCGUUUUAAAAUCCGUUCCAAGCGGUGCAAAAACAGUCAUGAUUUCCAAAAAACGCACGUGGCUGGAAUUUUUAACGAAGACAUCAUUUCAUCCGCGAGCGGAUCAGAACUAAACUCCUCUCUUCCUGUAGUGCCGCGGAAGCAUCGCACCUCGCCUUUUUUCACCAUGCCUCACUUUUCCCAAAGGUUCAUCAUGCACGUCAAAAGUCGCCUUAGAUGUGUGCUUUUAAUUCUAUUUGUCUACUUUUUACUAUGUAUUGCAAUCAUUCAAUUUCCGAACCCAAGUCAUAUCGAAGCUAUUGCGUUAUACUCGAAACAAGAAAUAAAUUACGACAACAUCCCCGAGGCGUUCAAAGACAUGCACGAGGCGAGAGCCCAAACGCCGCCUCCAGCUUCAUUUUUCGGGAAAAAAAUAUCGGACGAACUCGGUAAAAAUGCCUUCUAUCUGAUCCAAAAUCCAACUAAGUGCCAAAAUAUAGACAACAAAGUAAAUAACUCGGACGAAAGUGCAAAACAAGUUCUGAUUUUUGUCUCGUCAAAACCCGAGAACUACGAAGCUCGUCAAGCAAUCCGAACGACUUAUGCUAAAAAGGGAAAAUUAAAAAACGUUUUAUUUACGGUCAUGUUUUUGAUUGGAAUGAAAAAUACAACGGAAAACAAGGAAAGUGUUUCAAAGCUGGAAGCUGAAAAUAAAAUCCACGAAGACAUGAUUGUCGGAAACUUCCAAGACAACUAUCGGUCGAUGACUUCUAAAACGAAGAUGGCUUUUCAUUGGUUUGUCUGGAACUGCCCGAACGCCGACAUAGUUUUAAAGGCCGACGACGAUGUGUAUAUAGUAUAUUCAAACUUGUAUAAAGUAGUAGCAAACUUAGAACCGGUUUCCAUUUUUGGUUAUUGUACCACAAAUCGAUCGUUUGUAAGCCGAAAUCCACGAGAGAGCUCUUACGUCUCGUAUCUGGAAUGGUCGGAGCCUACGGUGCCUCGUUACUGUUUUGGAAUGGCCUACGGAAUGGAUAAUUACUUGGCGAAGUUAAUUUACCAAACGUCCAGUAGAAUUAAUCAGUUUCCUCUUGAAGACAUUUUUGUUGGAGUUGCAAUCGAAGCUUCCAAAAUUAGAGUUCGUUUUGAAUACUUGAAUUCCAAAUAUGCCUUGCACGCAGGUCAAAUUGCGUUCGGCCUACGUUAUUGUAACAGGAAAAAUUCAAUUGCUAUUCAUCAAUUGACUCCUUCAGAGUUGAAUUUUGUUCACCAAGAGUUUACGAAAGGACAGGCAACGCCUGAUUAUUGCAACAGUUUUCCGAAAGAUCGCCUUGAAAUUGUUCCUAACAACUCAGCUCUUAUUUAUGAUGAAAGCAGACGUCUGAAAAAUGGCAGUUUCGAUGAAAACCUGGAAUAAAAAAAAGAACACAGUCUAAAACAAAAACUCUUUGACUUUUUUCCUACCCCACACGGAUUUUUUUCAGGAGCUAUUGGUGUUACAAGCUUAAAAGCAUGGAGAGCAAGUGCGUUCAAAAUUGAUUGAAAAUUAUUUUUAAAAGACCCCUUUCCAGUUUCCCACCCCCUGGUAUAUAAUGGUAUAUAAUUACAAAAUAAAGCAGUUCAAAAGUUGUUCACACAGAAUUUUGCAUGUAAAAAAUGUUGUAAGAAUUUGUUCACCUGUUCACGCUGACACGUUUUGAAGCAGUUUAUAACAAUAAAGUUAAUUUUAAAUAGACUUCCGUAAAUUGAAAUUCAGAAAAAAAUGAAAGGGGGGACUGGAAAAGAGCCGAUUAAGUUAACAAAUUGUCAAGCAAUGUGAACAAAUGUCUUUGAUCAUAAAAAUCUCAGUUGGGGGAAACGGUUAAAGAGCCGAAAAGCCAGGUGCUGAAAUAAUAAUCAUAUCAAGCAGUUCCACAUAGUUUCAUAGUUUUUAAAUAUUUAAACAUAUCUCUGUUUCGAUUUAUAUUCUAUAAAUGAAUAUUUUUGUCUUGUCUCUUUCCUUUAACCAAUAAAACUUAUCUUCUUGAA